CAAUUCUGCUAAAAAAAAAAAAAAAAGUUGACAAAACAAUGGCAUCUGGAGCAGGAAAAUCAGCAGCAUUCAGUCUUUUAGUACUAAACAUUUUCCUCUAUUUCAUCAUCAUUGCUAUAGCUGCAUGGGCUGCAAAUCACGGAAUCGAAAAAUCGCACGAAAAGGCAUCUGUGUUGGCAAUUCCUGCUAGGAUUUUCCCAAUAUACUACCCUUUUGGGAACAUGGCAACUGGUUUUGUGGUAAUUUCAUCACUAAUAGCUGGUGUUGUGGGAUUCACCACCUCCAUUGUUGGAAUCAAUCAUGUCAUCCAAUGGAAUGCUCCGAAUCUGCAUGCAGCUGCCACGUCAUCUCUUGUGUCUUUGCUGCUCACUGUCCUGGCUAUGGGGUUUGCAUGCAAGGAGAUUGAUAUAGGCUGGACAGACUCAAAUUUGAGAACUUUGGAAACAAUAUUGAUAAUGGUGAGUGGAACUCAGCUCUUCUGCACUGCUGCAAUUCAUAUUGGUGUUCAUGAUGUGGUUUGGAGAGAUGGGGAAUACUAACUAAAUAUAUAUUAAGGGAUGAUGACCUGGCAUUUUCUUAAAUAUGUAAACUUUUUUUAUUGAAUCUCGAUAAAUUAAUAACAUUGCUUGAAUAAUAAUUUCUCCGGGUCU